GCAGCGGCCGAGGGGGCGGUGGCUAUAAGGGGGGUGCGGAGCAGGCGGAAGAGGCGUCCGUGCGGGCGGCUAGGUCGCAGAGAAACAUCGUUGGGGUGACUGGAGAUGAUUCAGUUUUUAAGGCUUUCAAAUGGAGAUUGCAGUUGAAGAAGAGGAAUUUGCCUUGGCAACUAGGGAACUAUGCUGUUAGACCUCUGAUGCUGCUAUGAUAAGGGGCCAGGAACUUGUCCACUUACCUGGGAUCAGCGAAUAUCACCUGUUCUACAAGAUGAGUAACAGUCACCCUCUUCGCCCCUUUACUGCUGUGGGCGAAAUUGAUCAUGUGCACAUUUUGUCUGAACAUAUUGGUGCCUUGCUGAUAGGGGAAGAAUAUGGCGAUGUCACAUUUGUUGUGGAAAAGAAACGCUUUCCUGCCCACAGGGUAAUUUUGGCAGCGAGGUGCCAAUAUUUUCGAGCGUUACUGUAUGGUGGGAUGCGAGAAUCUCAGCCUGAAGCAGAAAUCCCUCUUCAAGACACCACUGCAGAAGCAUUCACAAUGCUGCUAAAAUACAUCUACACCGGGCGGGCAACGCUGACAGAUGAGAAGGAGGAGGUGUUGCUGGACUUUCUGAGCCUAGCUCAUAAAUAUGGAUUUCCAGAGCUGGAGGACUCUACCUCUGAGUAUCUCUGCACCAUACUUAACAUUCAGAAUGUCUGCAUGACUUUUGAUGUUGCCAGCCUCUACUCACUUCCCAAGUUAACUUGCAUGUGCUGCUUGUUUAUGGACAGAAAUGCUCAGGAGGUGCUCUCAAGUGAAGGCUUCCUCUCCCUUUCUAAGACAGCACUUUUAAACAUCGUAUUAAGAGAUUCAUUUGCAGCUCCCGAAAAAGAUAUCUUCCUAGCCUUGUUAAAUUGGUGUAAGCACAAUUCAAAGGAGAAUCAUGCUGAAAUCAUGCAGGCUGUGCGUUUGCCUCUGAUGAGCCUCACUGAACUUCUGAAUGUUGUGAGGCCUUCAGGACUGUUGUCUCCUGAUGCCAUUCUGGAUGCUAUUAAAGUUCGAUCUGAGAGCCGGGAUAUGGACCUCAAUUACAGAGGCAUGCUCAUACCAGAAGAAAAUAUUGCAACUAUGAAGUAUGGAGCCCAGGUUGUAAAAGGGGAGCUGAAGUCUGCCUUAUUAGAUGGUGAUACUCAAAAUUAUGAUUUGGAUCAUGGAUUUUCUAGGCACCCAAUUGAUGAUGACUGCCGUUCUGGCAUUGAGAUUAAACUAGGUCAGCCAUCUAUUAUCAAUCACAUACGGAUACUCCUGUGGGACCGAGAUAGCCGGUCUUACUCAUACUUCAUUGAAGUGUCAAUGGAUGAACUUGAUUGGAUCAGAGUGAUUGAUCAUUCGCAGUAUCUGUGUCGUUCUUGGCAGAAAUUAUAUUUUCCAGCCCGUGUCUGCAGGUAUAUUCGAAUAGUUGGGACUCACAACACAGUGAACAAGAUUUUUCACAUUGUGGCUUUUGAAUGUAUGUUUACAAACAAAACCUUCACUCUUGAGAAGGGGCUGAUAGUUCCCAUGGAGAAUGUUGCAACAAUUGCUGAUUGUGCCAGUGUGAUUGAAGGAGUCAGCCGGAGCCGAAAUGCCUUGCUGAAUGGAGACACCAAGAAUUAUGAUUGGGACUCUGGCUAUACGUGUCAUCAGCUAGGAAGUGGUGCAAUUGUGGUUCAACUGGCACAGCCGUACAUGAUCGGGUCAAUACGGUUAUUACUUUGGGACUGUGAUGAUCGAAGCUAUAGCUACUACGUUGAGGUUUCCACCAACCAGCAACAAUGGACCAUGGUGGCCGACAGAACUAAAGUCUCUUGCAAGUCCUGGCAAUCUGUAACUUUUGAAAGACAGCCUGCCUCCUUCAUCCGAAUCGUGGGAACACACAACACAGCAAAUGAGGUGUUCCACUGUGUCCACUUUGAGUGUCCAGAGCAGCAGAGCAGCCAGAAGGAGGACAACAGUGAGGAGUCGGGGACGGGGGACCCCAGCCUGGUGGGGCCGCCGCUCGACCCCCACGCCCUGCAGGCCCCCGGUGGCAGCUCACUGCCUUCCAGCCCAGGCUCCGUCUCCCGCUCUCCCAACCGGCAGCACCAGUAACCGGGGCACAGAUGUGGAAUGAUGUGGGUGGGCCCCAGGGGCAGCGGCAAGAACCGGUGUCCUCUCAGGAGGGAUCUCUGUGGACUGCCCCUCUCCCCCUCCGGGGAGGAGCAGACCUGGCUGCAAAAACGGACACAGAACAGGCUUUCUCCCAAGGACAGAAAGGGGCUGCUUUGUUCUCCUCAAUUUGUUCAAAUCAGGCUGGUCUCAAGGGGGAGAAAAUGGGUCUUCAAUCUUCAUCAAGCCCACCAUUAACACCCUACCUCUCUAAUCUAACCCGGGCAAAGGGGACAGGAGGAAGCGGUAGACAGGCCCGUGUCAGAAUACAGCAAUGGCCCGCCAGCACUCAAGCGGAGGAGAAUAUGUUAGGCCUUUAUUACCUGGAGGCUCCCUGUAGGAAAUGGGUUUCCGUAGAGCGUUUACUUUCAUGGAACACAUCGCCCUGGCAACUAAAUGAUUUUUUAUUUCUUAGUUAGCAUCCAUUUGCUGAAUCAUAGGUGUUCCAGUUCUUCUUGAAAUGCUCAAACAGCAAAUCACUUGUUUUAGUCCCUUUUGAUGCUGUAAUUUUCUUUCCUUGGUUUUGAACGGUUAAGCCUGGGGUGAAGCAGAGAUACUGUGCACACGGCCUGUGCGAGGCUGAGACUCGGCUCAUCACGGCACCCGGUCUGACCAGGAAAAUCCUUUGAGGAAGUUCAAGAAAACACACAGCAAAUCAGUGCGAGGACACUGGAGUUAAUGGUCACUCGAGUUCCUGAGUGACUCACCUGUCAUUCCUGAAAUGUACCUCGCCUCUAAGCUUGGGAGGCUGACAAGGAACUAGUUCUUAUGCCACCCGCUAAUUUAAUGUUCACACGUAUGUAAAUGUAUAUAUAUAAGUCUGUAGCGGCUUCCAGUUGGGUGGAACCCUCCCUCCAGUCACCACAGGUUAGCUGAGCCUGGGGGAGGGCAGCCCUCCUGCCCGUCGGUGUCUGGAACACAAAACUGGGCCUUUGCAGUUCGGGGGUUGCUGUGUUUCACCCCCAGACCACACGAUUCAACUGGGGAUUGGAAGGAAAAGCCGUUCUAAGAAGCUUUUCUCCUCAUCCUCCUCGAGACCAUCUUCUCUGACUGCCGUCGCUUCAUCUGGCUCUGUCAUGUCUCUCAGUAAUUUUCAGUCUAGCACUAACUACCCCGUGGAACUUGAUCAGACUGCCUUUUGAUUUUCACUCAUCUCCGGAGCUCACCCGAGGGCUCUGUCACACUCAACUCCACGGGAAGCUCGGUCAGGCUGGGCACCGUGGUCCUCUGGUCCCCCAGAUGCACACCCAGGUCCUCUGCACACCCUGUGACCCCACUUGGAGGAAGAUGGGCUUUCAUGGGGGCUCUUCUCUGGUGUCUGAAAGAUGUCUGUUGUGGGCGUACACAGAACCACUGGCCCGACUAACUAAAUGCUUUCCCCAGUA